AGAAAAAAGUUUGGUCAUAGACGGGGAAUGAGUGAUCAAAGCUCUGAGCCAAAGCUUCCUGUUGCACCAGGGCUAUAUAUAUAUCGUGUCUUUAAUGUUGGGGGAUGCAAGCAGGCUGCUAGGAGACUGGAGCGCUAGCUGACUCCCUGCCUCACUGCCCAGCUCGCUCGCUGAGGUUUCUUCACCGACCACAAUGAACAAGUUCCUGUGCUGCACGCUUGUGCUCUUGGAUAUUUCUGUUAAGUGGACCGUCCAGGAGCUCUCUUCUCCAAAGUAUCUCCAUCACGACCCAGGAACAUCUCAUGAACUGGUGUGUGACCAGUGCCCUCCUGGAUCGUACGUAAAGCGGCACUGCACAGCUACCAACCAGACACUGUGCGCCCCUUGCCCGGACCAGUACUAUGCCGAAGACUGGAACAGCAAUGAUGAAUGCCAGUACUGCAACACCGUUUGCAAAGAGUUGCAGUAUGUCAAGCAGGAAUGCACGAGCACACAGAACCGCGUCUGCGAGUGCGUCCAAGGGAGAUACCUCGAGUUAGAGUUUUGCUUAAAGCACACGGCGUGUUCUCCUGGGUUCGGUGUUGCACAGCCAGGUACCCCUGAGAGUGACACUGUGUGUAAGAGAUGUCCAGAAGGAUUUUUCUCGAAUGAAACAUCAUCCAAAGCAGCUUGUCAGAAACACACAAACUGUAGUGCACUAGGCUUGAAAACAGCGUUGAGGGGAAAUGCAGUUCGAGACAACGUGUGCCAGGAAAACACAGAUACAUCAUCUCAGAAAUGUGGCAUAGAUGUAACCCUGUGUGAGGAGGCUUUGUUUAGGUUUGCUGUUCCUAAUCAGCUCACACCUAACUGGCUGAACAUCCUAGCAGACAGUUUGCCUGGGACAAAAGUUAGCCCUGAAAAUAUAGAAAGGAUUAAGCAAAGGCACAGUUCUCAAGAACAAACCUUCCAGCUUUUGAAAUUGUGGAAGCAGCAGAACAAGGAGCAAGAUACGGUCAAGAAGAUUAUCCAAGAUAUCGAUCUUUGUGAAAAUACUGUCUUAAAACAUAUUGGCCGCCCAAAUCUCACCUUUGAACAUCUCAACACACUGAUGGCAAGUUUACCAGGCAAGAAAGUGGGAAAAGAAGAUAUUGAACGCUCAAUGAAGCUAUGUCAACCUACAGAACAAAUCCUGAAGCUGCUCAAUCUGUGGAGGAUAAAGAAUGGAGACCAAGACACCAUUAAAGGUUUAAUGUAUGGACUGAAGCACUUGAAAACAUACCACUUUCCGAAAACAACCAUCCAAAGUCUGAAGAAGGUGAUAAAGUUUCUUCACAGAUUUACAAUGUAUAGAUUAUACCAAAAACUGUUUUUAGAAAUGAUAGGGAAUCAAGUUAAAUCAGUGAAAGUAAGAUGUGUCUAAUUCAAGAUACUUUGCAUUCUCCACUGACUAUUCUUCCCUAAUUACUGCCAGCAGUAAUUAAACUGGAACAUUGUUUCCCUAACUAUUUAUAGAAUUGCCUGACUGGAAUAGCUCUAAGUCUUUUGCAGUGUUCUUAGAGUUUUUUUUUUUAUAAAAUCACUUUGUAAAAGCUAUUAACCUGUUGGUAACACUAAGAGCCUGAUUCUGCAUUUUGCACAUUCGGAAUUGAAAAGCCCCACUACAGUCACUAGAUGAGAAAAGAAUGUUGGACCAGGCUCUAAUACAGUAUUUGCUAUUUAUAUUCUUUAAGGUAUAAACAUUUUUGUUGUACAUAUUUAUUAAAUUAAAUGGAAGUUGUAUGAGUCUGAAUUUUAGGAAGACAAAUGAAAAGCACACUGUAUAUAUUCUAGUUAAACAAAAUGAUCUCAUAUAUUUUUCUGGAAAAAUUUUGUAGCAUGCUCUAAAAGUUCUUAAUUUCUUUACAUUGUAUAUUUGAAAAGUAUAAUUGUUUAGUUUUAUCUGUAUAAGUUGUGGUAUCUUUCAGUAGAGAUGUUUUAAUUUAUCCGAUGAUUUUAACAAAUACGGUGAAAAUAUAGCUUAAAUGACCUGAAUAUUUAAAUAUUCUGUGAGAAAGUGAAUGUAUCAUAUUUAAGAAGUUGAAUUUUUACAUAGAAUUUCAUAAUCUUAUUUUAUAAAACAAUUAAAUUUUUCAGUUUA